AUGUCUCGCACCUUCAACGCCAUCUCUCCGGCCGCCAACAUUGCUCAAAAGUACGGCGUCGACUUACUUAGCCCAGCGCACAAAGCUCCUCUCCAGUCACUCCUAACCAAACUGUACCGCAAACCUGUCGAACUGAACCUCAUCAAAAUCCGCCGUCCGCAGCUCGAAUCCGAUGUUCUAGCAUCAUACGUGGCCCAACGUCUCGGUGACCGUGUCCUUCAACCACGCAGAGUAAUCCGGGAUGCAGCAUGGAAAGCGCAGCUUCCUUCCGCUCGCGUGGUGACGGAGCUGCAACAAGCCAAAGCUCAACGAGGCAAGACUGUUAGUAGCACCGAGGUGGAGAAGAGCUCGUCUUUUGGCCCGCUCCGGACGCAGACGAAGAGUAUCAUACGCGGCCUGAAUCUAAGUCAAGUGAGCAGUAUCGCGGUGCAUGCGGCAGGACGUCUGUCGAAGCGUAUCACAGCCAACAGGGCGCAGAAGAAGAUGGCGAGACGGGGUGCAAACACCAAGGGAGCCGGGUAUAUGAUGAGAGGGUUCCAGAAGUCGCAUACGACGGUGGGCAAUGCAACUGGAAAGAGACGUAUCGGUGUUUAUGGUGUGAGGGUGGAUGUUGGGCAUACUUGA